AUGGCAGAGCUAGCAAAAUAUUCUGGAAUCAACGAUACAUUAGCGUCGGCACCAGUAUAUCAGUCAACGCCCGGCAAUAUACCUCAGGAAAUUUGGGGACAUAUACUUCGUUAUGUUGAUGAUGAGUUCACACUCUGGGUCACCUGUCGCCAGGUGUCACACGUCUUCCGAGCAGAGGCAGAGCGCGAGUUUGCUUUGACGCGACUCCCAAAACUAAGCUUCUCUUCUUCAGCAUGGUGCGAAGUUUCGAAUACAGAGCAUACACAUUGCUACGGCUGCAAAAUCAUUACGGAAAAACUCCAGAGUUUUCUCAAAGAUGGUCAAGAAGUCAAAUACAAGAUUAAGAUUUCCUCCUGUCUUUGCGAUAUAGACAAUAACGGCAGACCGAUAGCCGGAAACUAUUCAGAGAAUCACAGUAUUUUAAGGAAGACUGUUAUAAGCCUACUGGGAUAUCGAUUUCCUAGUGAUGAGGUGCCACAAUUUGAGUAUCAUACUCAUAGAGUGGAGCUUGGGUAUCAUUUCAAUGACACACCCCUCAAGUACACUAGUCUGGACUUCGACAACCUUACGUUAGCUUUCCAAUGGAAGCUUUUCAUGAACGACUUUUUCAAGAGCACCUCAUAUAUUCAAAAACGCGCCCAGAUCACAACACCUAUCAGUUGUUUUGCAGAACAGUCUCUGGACCAACUCUUCGAGAGAAUUGCUGCUAAUCCAGAGUCCAAAAGGAAGAUGCUAGACGAUUGGGGGUCGGAUUAUGGGGAAGAGGAAAAUGAAUAUUCCUAUGAAGCAUAUGUUGAUCGCGUGCACCACACGCAUCCAGAUUCCGUGGUAAAGAUUAUGUUUUUGCUUCAUCCUGCAAGGGUAAGAAUCCGGAAACUACGCAAGAUUAUAGAGGCAUCGUUCAGAAAAUUGAGGCGUUUUCUCACGCGCCGCCCGGAUCCAAACAUUCCGGAUCCAACAUUUACGGAUGCAAUGUUCAAGAACCUAUUUAUUUAUUCUGGUAUGUCUUGUCCAAGAGGAAUGAAGCACUGA